AAGUCGAAUUUAGCGUUUUAUUUAAACAUGGCCGAAAAACCGGAAAGUUACGCUUCAGAAGAUGAUUCGUGCAGUUGUGGCUCUAGUGAUUGUGAACAAGGUGCUCUGUGGUUGGACCAUGUUGGAUCAAGAGGUGAUCUGUUUUACAUAGAAGCGGACAUUGACUCAAUCAAAGAUGAUAUGAAAAGUACUUACAUAGAUGGUACACAUUUCGAAACUACUCAACCAAAAUUAAAUGCAGCUGAUAAAUUUAGGAAGUGGUUAAAGAAUCGUCAAAAAUAUAUUCCAAAAAUUUCUCUCUCCAAAUCCAAACCAGAAAAGGAAUGUUCUGAUGGUUUUUUGUGUGGAUCUUCCCCACCAAUGGCUUCUAAAGAUAUUUUUGUUGACAUAAAAUUCUUGAAGGAAACUUUUGCUGGUAAGAUUGUUACAGCUACUGAAGUACUUGGUUUAUAUUUAGGAAAUAUUCCUGGUGAUAUGAACUAUCUUAAAAAUAAAAUGCAGAUUGUUGGAUUUGCUCCUGGUAAAGAAUGUUCUGGCUUAAAAAUAGGGGAUUAUCUGAAAUCCAUAGAUGAUGUUGAUGUAGAUUUUGAAAAUAUUGAUAAAAUUUUAAAUCAAAUCAGCUCUCUUUCAAGGGUAAAACUGACCAUUUUAUCCCCUUUACCUCAAACAAGUAGUAAGAGUCAACAAAAAUUUGGUCUUAUCAAAGAACUUCUUGGAGAUCCUGAAGCUUUAGAAGAAGCUAAAUCACAAUUCCGUCAUGUGCCUCAUGGACUGUUUUAUUUUUUGAUUGAAAGUGAAGAAAAUGAAAAUGAUGGCGUGAUAUAUCGUUAUCCAGAUGAAGAUUCUCUUCUUUUGCAACUUAAGGGCAUGUUUAUAACGCUUGCCCUUAUGAUAAAGGAUGUUGCUAGUCCCCCAGUAUUGAGCUGUAGUGUGAAAUUGGAUGAAGAAAUCGUACAUGUAGGUUUUCUGAAAGAAGACAAUGAAAUAAUGCUUCUGGUUUUUCCUGCAUCAUGUGUUACUACUGCUGAGGUACAAUAUUUCACUACAUCAUUGGCAAAGUUGCUUAAAUUUCAGUUUCAAGCUUUAAAAGUAGCUUUUACCACUGGAAAUGAUGAAAAACGAAUGGAUCAGUUCUGUAUUUUGUACUUCAGGCACAUCCUGUCAUAUUCGCAAGAGAGGAAGAGAGCUUUGAAACCACAUUUCAUGGAGGCUAUUCCUAGUGUCCAAUGGAUUCCUUUACCAUCUGAAAUAAGUGCUGAAAUCGAAGAUGUACUAUCCGAACUAGAGUCCUGUGAUUAUCAACCAUCUUCUGAUGGUUUUAGUUAUAACCAAAGAACAUUCAGCAUCAUUGGGUGUUGCCUGUUUUUUAAGGGAUAUUUAAUAAGCAAUCAUUUUCCUAAACAUGAUUUGUUGGAUGUACAUUCAUUUCUUCAUCAUCAUCAUAUUUUUGAUCUCACCAAAAUGAAGUUUGUGUCUGAUGUAAUCAUAUGGCAAGAAGUAUUUCCAAGUCAUUUUGAUGAUACAUCUAAUUCAACUGAAACAUACACAAGAAAACAUGGGCGCUCAGUUCUUCUUGUAGCUGGAUUGCACCAUGCUGUUCUUGCUGUUCUAUUGGAGGACGGAGGAUGUGCUGUUGAGGCUGGUGAAAUUAUUUCUCCUGAUCCGUUUUAUGUAGAAGAAGUUCAGAACACUCUGAUAAUUUUACAAGAUUGUGCUUUACUUGCAGAUGUUGAAAAGAUGUUGACAGAGAAUGUUGUAUCUUUUACUCCAUUUGGGCCAAAGAAGGACCCUGGGGUCAAAGUAGCCCACGUUUAUGGGAAAAAAUCAACAAAAUCCUUCCAUACAGAUAAAUUGGAUGAAAUGGGUUCAGAGAGGCAGUUAUUAAUAUCUUCUAUGGGACCCGCUGAUGGAGAAUCAGAUGAAGAAUCAAGUUAUUCAGAUGUUUCUUCAGAAAAUGAAGCAACUGGAGAGCUCAAACGGAGACACAGCAUUUCAACAGGCUCAACUGCAGGGUCUCAAGGAAGUGACGAAUAUUUUUCAUCAAGUGGAAAAAUAGUAAGCAAAUUGCUUGGAAGAAACAUCUCUUCCAGUUCACAAGUGUAUAAUGAUGUGUCUCAAGAAAGUCUGCCUUUUGCCAAAAAUCUGAGAACUUUAUCUGGAUGUGGAAGCACAAUAUUUCAUUAUGUCCAUAUCAGCAACAAUGAAGGAAUAUAUAUUGCACCAUUGGAUAAUGAUCCGUGCUUGUUCUCAGAGUCUUCUGUCAAUGGUAUUUUACAUGCAUUUGAUGUAUGCUGCCUAAAAUUUAGAUAUAUGUUUCUAAAUUCUUUUAAGAAUGAAGAAAUAUGUAAAAAACAUGGUAGGACUCCUCGGGGGUUGUCUUAUUUAACCCAUUCAGUGUAUGAACAGGGAGUUAUGUUUGAAUAUGCUGCAAAAAGGCAUUCAAAGCUGAAGAGCAAGAAAUUUACCUUCUGGGUUGCGGCGAGACUCUUACUUGAACCCGACUAUCGGGAAGUUUAUGUGUGUCAUCACGAGUCAACAAAAAGGGAAGUUGUAGAAAUAGCUUUUAGACUUGGUUUUGGUGUCUCAAUUUAAAUAAUAACUUUAAACUGUGAUAUAUAAAAAAUCAAAGUACAUGUCAUUGAUAACUAGAAGUGUACAAACGUGAUAUUUGG